AUGGAUACGUUAAAAAUUCGAGUAAUUAUGGAAUAUGAGUAUCGUCGUGGCAGCAACGCGGCACAAGCGGCACAUAACAUCAACGACGUUUACGGAGCUAACACUACAAACGCUGAUAUUACACAAUCUACGGCUGAAUUAGCAGCAGCUUUCGACGUUAGCGUCAAAACAAUAUUGGUCCAUUUGCGUCAAAAUGGCAAGGUAAAAAAGCUUGACAAAUGGGUGCCCCACGAACUGAAUGAUCGCCAGCGCGAAGUACGCAUCGAGACGUGCCUUGUACUGCUAAACAGACACACAAAUGAAGGAAUUUUGAACCGCAUUGUUACCUGCGAUGAAAAAUGGAUUCUGUUUGAUAACCGCAAGCGCUCAGCAAGUUGGUUGGAUCCUGGUUCAGCUGUGAUUCAUCACAGCUUCUUACCAAAUGGGGUGAGCAUUACUGCAGAUAUAUACUGUGAAGAACUGAACACAAUGAUGGAGAAGCUGGCACAUCUCCAACCAGAAUUGGUUAAUCGCUCGUCUCCGCUGCACGACAACGCGCGACCUCAUACUGCACAGCAGACGGUCUCCAAGUUGCAAAAACUGGGGUUGGAAGCUCUCCGUCAUCCGCCCUACUCACCUGAUCUUGCGCCUACAGACUACUACUCUUUCAGGAAUUUGGAUAACUUCAUGAAGGGGAAAAAAUUCAAUACCCGAGAGGCAGUACAAAAUGCCUUUGAAGAAUUUAUUGCCUCCCGUCCAGCUGAUUUCUUUAAAGAAAGUCUUAAGAAGGGCAUCAAUAAACUGUCGGUUCGUUAG